AUGGCGCCGCAUCCAUUAGAUAUACUCUCUCUCGAAGAGAUACGCCAAGCUCGAGAUGUCGUUCUGGCUGCUCACUCCGGCGCUGUCGUCGACUUCCGGGAAAUACAUCUCAAGGAGCCAGCAAAGGUGGAGUUGAAAGAGUUCCUGGAACUCGAACACUCCGGUCGCCUGUCGUCAGAUUCACCACGCCCCGCUCGCCUUGCACAGUGCCAGUACGACGUCAUAGGCUCUGAUAGGGUUCCGGAAUACCACGAAUCUGUCGUGGAUGUGGUGCGGAAGGAGCGCGUUUCGCAUGAGGUCGUUGGCAAGGAACAUCACGCAAUGCUCACAAUGCGUGAGUUUGAAACCCUUGUCGAAGUGUGCAAGGCUUCGCCCGAGUUUCAAAAAGCCAUGGCGGAGUUCGACCUUCCUGAGGGUUUCGAAGUCAUCGUAGAGCCGUGGCCGUACGGCGGUCCUGAUCCUGGCACCGACAAUCUUCGCUAUUUCCAGGGGCUGUGCUUCGCUCAAGACACGAGGAACGGGAAUGAUGACUCCAACUUCUACGCCUACCCUCUACCACUUAUCCCCGUCAUGGAUGCACAAAAGCGGGAGAUUAUCCGCAUUGAUCGUCUGGCGACGGGCGGAAAGGGUGACCCUUUAAGUGGAAAGACACACAAGAGGAACAUCAUCGACCAUUGCCAACCGGCUGAGUACGUUCCAGAGCUUUUAGAGAACGGUGUACGGAAAGACCUGAAGCCUCUGAACGUCACACAGCCUGAGGGACCUUCCUUCCACGUGAAUGGCGAAUCGCUGGUUGAGUGGCAGAAGUGGCGGUUCAGGGUCUCAUUCAACCCCCGAGAAGGCGCUGUCAUCCAUGAUGUGCACUACGACGGACGAAGCGUGCUGUAUAGGCUCAGCAUCAGCGAGAUGACCGUACCGUACGGUGACCCACGGGAUCCCUUCCAGCGCAAGCAGGCCUUCGAUUUUGGUGACGGCGGUGCUGGAAACUACGCGAACAAUCUCUCACUCGGCUGCGACUGCUUAGGCGUCAUCAAAUACUUCGAUGGCGUCACUAUCGGCUCUGACGGAGAACCACGAGUUACCCCGAAUGUCAUCUGUCUCCAUGAACAAGACAAUGGCAUUGAAUGGAAGCAUACAAACUGGCGAACAGGCAGAGCGGUGGUAACCCGCCGGCGCGAGCUGGUUGUUCAGUUCAUCAUCACCCUGGCAAACUAUGAGUAUAUCUUUGCCUUCAAGUUCGACCAGUCUGGAGGCAUCACAAUAGAAACCCGGGCUACUGGAAUUGUCAGUGUUGUCAACAUCGACCCUGGCAAGACCAGCGAUUAUGGCAAUGUCGUCUCUGGAGGGGUACUGGCUCAGAACCAUCAACAUAUCUUCUGCGCGCGCAUAGAUCCCGCCAUUGAUGGCCACAACAACACCGUUUUGCAUGAGGAAUCACACCAAGCACCAAUGGACAAGGCAACGAAUCCGUUCGGAAAUUACUAUGAAGUUCGCAAGACAGUGAUCCCAACGUCAGCCGGACUCGACGCGGCACCGGAGCACAACCGCGUUUUCAAGAUUGUCAAUCCGCACAAAACCAACCCAAUCAGCGGGAAGCCAGUGGGCUAUAAGUUCACGCCUCCAGCAACUCAGAAGCUGCUGGCCCAUCCGGACUCGGUGCAGGCGAAGCGUGCCUUGUUCACCCAGCACCACGUGUGGGUCACGAAGUACAAGGAUGAUGAGCUCUAUGCCGGCGGCAGAUAUACUCUGCAGAGUGAGCGCGAGGUCGACGGCGUGGCGGAUGCCGCAGCGCGCAAAGAUCCGGUGAUGGAUGAAGACGUGGUUGUCUGGAACGUGUUUGGGUUGACGCACAAUCCUCGAGUUGAGGACUGGCCUGUUAUGUGA